CAGGCUAACAAAUCCUGACAUACGUUUCCUGUUCUAAAAAUAGUCAAAAUGCCACCACCAGACAGAUGGGAGAAAUAUCAAGCUCUCGGAAAAGUGAUUCCUGGGACUAGAUUGAUAACAUUUAAAGUGCCGCUAAAAACAGAAUUAUGCGAAAAACUUCCUGAAGAUGAACAAUUUACUCCCAAAAAGUUGGUUGCCAUGGUGUCAGAACAAGGCCAUCAGCUAGGAAUGGUUGUAGACCUUACGUUUACCAAAAAAUACUAUGCUGCAUUUGAAUUCAGAGGUCAGGGCGUAAGACAUGAGAAGAUAUUCACGGAGGGUCACAAUGUCCCGAAUGAUGAUGUUGUGUACAGGUUUUUUGAUACUCUGGAAAGCUUCUUUAAGGAAUGCCAAGAUGAAAACCAGGUAGCUGGGGUACACUGUACACAUGGGGUCAACAGGACCGGCUACGUUGUCUGCCGAUACAUGAUAGAGAGGCUGGGCUUUAACGCAGAUAAAGCUAUGGCAGUUUACCAUGAAGCAAGAGGCUAUCCUAUAGAGAGAGAAAACUAUAUAGAGGAUUUGCGACUCAGACAUUUAAACCUUGACUACAAGUAUGAGGGCAGAGAAAAACUUCCCAUGCAGAAGCAUCAACAAAACCGAAGACCAUACCAAAAUCGUGAGCAUAGACGAGAGGGAAAUGAACAGGAAUUUCAUCAUAAUCACCGACAACACGAAGAGGAGUACCGUGAGAGAUCCAGGUCACAUGACAUAGAGCACAGAAGAGAGCAUCAUGGACAGGAAUAUCGGAACCACAGACAUAACAAUAGGGACAGAGACUACAGUGCAGGUUUCGAUUUACACCGAGAUAUGCACCACCCACAAUAUCCCGCUAAGUCCUACAAUGGGAAUCAGCCCUGGUCUCAGGAUCAAAGAGAUUACCAUCCUCCGAGAGGGAAUCACCAUUGGAACUCUCAGUCUGGCGAUCAACAAAACAGGACGAGAAGUGCAGGAAGAUUCCAGAAUUUCAGUGACAGAAGGAGAUUCAACAAUAGAGCUGAUUAUGACGAUGAUUGGAGACAGAGUCAUAUUGAAAUUCAUGAUAAUAAUCGUGGACAUGACAGUGAGGGAUGUUUUAAUCCCAAAAAUCAGCAGCCAUGGACAAAUUCUCGUACUUUCAGACAAGGUUAUAGAAAUGGUUACAAUGAUGAAAGUCGUGAAUAUUAUGAGCGAAAUGGUAGAAAUCGAGGACAAUACCAAGGGGAUGGGUUGUAUAGAAAUCAAAGAAGUGGGCCGUAUGGGUCAAGGAAUAAUAGGCCUUAUCACAGACAUUCAGAAAACCAGUCGCAAAGGAGAAGUAGCGGUGGGCAUGAUAUAGGUGAAACAAAUAGGAAAAAUUCAUAGAAUUACAGAAUUCUUAAUCUAGGAAACAGAAAGUCUGCCGUCUUUCUUUAAUAUUUAUAACUGCAAGGAAAAAUCUUUCUGAUCAGAUUCCAUCAAAUAGAAGAUGGAUCAAAAUCGGACCUUCACAAAACGAUGGAAAUUAAGCAUGACCUGAUCGUGUCUAGUCAGAAAAAAUGAUAAACACAAGUGAUCAAAACACUGAAGGAAGAGAAAUUUUAAAUCCCGAUUAAUGAAAUCUCGAACACAAAUAGCUAUGUCUUCUGAAUGUAGCUGCAGGUCUGUAGUUCCCGGUCUGAAAAAAAUUUGGAUGGACGACCUGGGAGAUACAUUGAAUUGGGAAAAAAAUCCAUUAAAAAUGGUGUAUUUAUUACGCACAAAAACGUGCGCUAGUUUUGGACUGAUUAACCUUUUACGCAAAACCUGUGAAAACAAAUAGUACCAAUAUAUUCUUUAUGCAAUUUACAGCUGAUAUCAAUGGAUGGCUCUGAAGCUCCCAUAUCAUCCAUUUUAAUUUUUUCAGACCAGGAGCUACAGACCUGCAGUUAUUCUAAAUGGAACUACUAAGAGCAGCAUUCAUUGUUUAUGUUUAUGUUUUAUGAUAUCUAUUUAUGUAGUUUUAUUGAGCAUAAUGUACUUAAUAUUGUUUUUACCCUACAGAGGCACAAAAUGUUCUCUUAAGUCCAAUAAAUCACAUAAAAAAUGCUUAUAAAAUAAUUUCAAUGCAGGUAGAUUUAAAGUUGGUCAUAUGACAUACGCAUUUUUAACUGUUUUACUUUACUUGGUUCAAAGAUUAUGUCAAAACAUGUUUAUCAUUUUUGUGAGAAAAGGGCAUAUUUUUAACAGACUUUCUUUUCCAAUCCUUAGAUUUUUUGGCAUUUUCAGCAUGUUAAAAAAUUGUUAAUAUUAAGAAAUGGAGCUUUUAAUUAUGAUAUUACUCGGUACAUAUGCCAGCACUGUAGGCACUGUUAGAUGUUGAUUCAUUUUAUCAGUUAAUUUUAAUGUUUUUCAGUAUUAAACAUCAACAGUGUUGUUUCAGCACUUCAAUUUUAUUAAAUUUGUUUAAAGCAAUGAAAACAAAGACUUGUUAUAUAUUU